UUGCUCAGUCUUUCAAUUACUCAUUCCGGGUGAGACACCGGAGAAAGUGCCUGGAGGAACGCCGGCUGCACCCUGGCAGUGGCUGUGCCCCGUUCUUCCGCUCCAUGGCCAAUUCUAUCAAGAAAGACCAGGCAUGGAUCCCCAAACUCUUCAAGAAGAAAGUCUGCACCACGUUUAUCGAGCAACCGGGGGAACUUGGGGGUCCUUCCUUGUGCCAGUGCGGGAGCCCUCGCAGCAAGCACAUCUCCGUAGCCACGGAAGACGCCUUUGGAGCAGCCAUUGUCAGCAAAUGGGACUCGGCCCAACACACAACAGAGGGUCCUACCGAUGCGUAUGGCGAGGUGAAGUUUGUGGGCACCGGCCGCAGACCCAGCAAGUUCAUUCGCCUGUCAGACACGUCUGACCCCGCUGCUGCUUACGCCCUGGUAAUGCACCACUGGAAAAUUCCGCGCCCCAACCUGGUGGUCUCAGUGGUAGGGGGCGAAGGUGAGGUACGGGUCAGGGCCUGGCUUAAGGAUGUGCUGAGAAAAGGGCUUGUCAAAGCCGCCCAGAGCACAGGUGCCUGGAUUAUGACUGGUGGGCUCCAGGCUGGCGUCGGACGCCACGUUGGGGAAGCUGUGAGGGACCACACGACGGCUAGUUCUAACCCCAGCACCCAUGUGGUGGCGAUGGGCAUUGCUCCGUGGGGCAUCGUUGAGCAGCGCCAAUGUCUUGUGAACCCCAAGGGUUUGUUCCCAGCACUUUAUCCCAGGACAGUCCCUUCUGCCCCUUACUGCCCUCUGGAUGCCAACCACUCUGCCUUCUUCCUGGUGGACAACGGGACGCAGGGCAGGGUGGGCGGCGAGGCCUCCUUCCGUGCCCGCCUGGAACGCUACAUUGCCCAGCAGAAAGUGGGAGCUGGCGGUGCUGGGAGUAUUGAGAUUCCUGUGUUGCUGCUGCUCAUCAGUGGGGACUCGGCUAUGUUCAAGCGCGUCUCUGAUGCUGUACACGCCUCCAUCCCUUGCCUGCUCUUGGCAGGAUCCGGAGGAGCAGCUGACUGCUUAGCUGGGUUGCUGCAGGAGACCCAGCCUGGAGAGCCCAUGAAGGCCCGGGCGAUGAAAAAGAUGCAGGGGAAGUUCCCCGCCGAUGAACUGGAGGACUUGGCAGAGGAGGUGGAGCAAAUUGGGGCUCUAAGGGAACUGGUCACUGUCUAUUCAGACCAGGAGGGUCUUGAGGAGUUUGAGACUGUCCUUCUCAAAGCGCUGGUUAAAGCUUGUAAGCAAUCCCGCGAAGCCACCUGCUACCUGGAUGAGCUGCACCUGGCUGUGGCCUGGAACCGUGUGGACAUUGCUAGCACCGAGCUGUUCCGUGGGGAUGUUGACUGGGAGCCUAGCCUGCUGAUGGCCCCGAUGCACGACGCUUUGGUGGGUGACCGUCCGGCCUUGGUGCGCCUCUUUGUGGAGAACGGACUGGACAUUGGGCAGUUCCUGACGUGGGGGAAGCUGGAGCAGCUCUACGCAGGGACCCCGAGCGGCACGCUUCUGCAUCAGCUGCUGGAGCGGCGCCAAGCCGCAGGCCCUGAGCCCUCCUCACCUGCUGAAUACUUGCUGCUGGACCGGUCGCUGCCUGAGUACCAGUUGCCCCAGGUGGCUCACAUCCUCCAUGACCUGCUGGGGGAUGUCUGUGCUCCCUUUUAUGACGGAUUGCAGCCCGCCAAAGGGACAGGGAGCAAAGGAUCAUUACUCAACGGAGAUCCCUUGUACCGCUCCAAACUUUCGCCAAACCCUUGGACGGACCUCUUCAUCUGGGCUGUGUUGUUGAACCGCAGAGAGAUGGCCAUGUAUUUCUGGGAAAUGGCACCCGAUGCAGUGGCUGGGGCUUUGGCCGCAGCCCGGAUUCUCCGAGAGCUUUCGCACCAGGAGCAGGAGGCCGAGGAAGAGGCAGCCAUGAAGUACCUCGCCAUGUGCUUUGAGAACUUGGCCAUUGGUGUAUUUGGGGAAUGUUACCGAAACGGGGAGCCCCGGGCCUACAAACUGCUGGUGCGCCGCUCCGAACUCUGGGGAGGAGCCACUGUCCUCCAGCUUGCUCACCAGGCUGACGCCCGCCUGUUUUUUGCGCAUGAUGGUGUGCAGUCCCUGCUCACCCAGAAUUGGUGGGGAGAGAUGGACCGAGGCACCGCUGUCUGGAAACUCCUCCUGACUUUCUUCUGCCCCCCUCUCAUAUUUACCGACCUCAUCAAGUACAGAGCCAUGGAUGAGGACCUGUACCAAGCUGAGAUGGACAGCCUUGACACGGACGUGAAAAGUACCAUCGGAGACAUGCUAUCUGACAACCCAGACCCUCCCUUCCCUCUUUCCACUCGCCCGACUUGGCUACGACGGUGGCGUCAGUUCUGGGUAGCUCCCGUGACGGCCUUCCUGGGCAACGUCGUGAUGUACCUACUCUUCCUCUUCCUCUUCUCCUACGUCUUGCUUCUGGAUUUCGACCCCCCGCCUCCCAAGGGCCCUUCCGGCACAGAGAUCGCUUUGUACAUCUGGGUCUUCACGCUGGUCUGCGAGGAGGUGCGCCAAGGCUGUUUUGUGGGCUCCCUCCCCCUGCCGCUCAGGGUACGGCGGUACUUCCAGGACACUUGGAACCAGCUCGACAUCACGGCUCUGCUGCUUUUCAUGCUGGGGCUCGUCUGCAGGCUGUUUCCAAAGUCAUAUGAAUCUGGACGCACCAUUCUCUGCCUGGACUUCAUGGUAUUCACCCUUCGUCUCAUCCACAUCUUUGCUGUAAACAAGCAGCUGGGGCCCAAGAUGAUCAUCGUUGGCAAGAUGAUGAAGGAUGUCUUCCUCUUCCUGUUCUUCCUUGCGGUGUGGCUUGUGGCCUAUGGGGUCACCACUGAGGGGCUGCUGCUCCCCCACGACCGACGUCUCCCCUGGAUCUUCCGCCGUGUCUUCUACCGUCCUUACUUGCAAAUCUUUGGGCAGAUCCCACUGGAUGAGAUUGACGCUUCCCUCUUCAGAGCGUCAAACUGCACUUACGAUCCCUUGGCCAUCUAUAUGGAAAACGCGGAGCCUUGCACCAACACCUAUGCCAAUUGGCUGGUGCUCAUUCUCCUCGUGAUCUUCCUGCUGGUAGCCAAUAUUCUGCUUCUCAACUUGCUCAUCGCUAUGUUCAGCUACACGUUCUCCAAAGUGCAAGGCAACAGCGACAUUUAUUGGAAAUCCCAGCGCUACAACCUGAUCCUGGAGUAUCACAGCCGCCCUGCCCUGGCCCCGCCGUUCAUCCUGAUCAGCCACCUGCACCUCUUCUUCAAGCGACACGUCCGUAAAGUGCAGUCGGCAAAGGGGAAACACUUCUUGCUGGAUCUCUCCGACACCCAAGACGAACGGCUGCUCACGUGGGAGUCGGUGCAGAAAGAAAACUACUUGGUUGCUCAGGCCCGGCAGAAACGCGAUUGUGACACGGAGAGGCUCCGGCGAACCUCCCAAAAGGUGGAUCAAGCUUUGAAGCAGCUUUCGGAGAUCAAGGAAUCGGACCGGCGCUUAAGGACCCUCGAGACACAGAUGGAGUACUGCACCAAUGCCCUGUCGUGGAUGGUGGAUGUCUUGGCCCAGAGUGACAUUGCGAAAGGGAGGCAGGCUCCUCCUACUCAGAAAAAGGCUCCGUAGCGCGGGCUUUGCGGAACCUCCAAGAAGAAUCAGCUCUUUUUCCUGAAGAGAGGUGAAUUGCUCUGACACUUGCCACUCACAGAACUCCAAGCAUAUUUGUGAAGUGGGGUGAACCUUGGUUACCAGAGGGUUUGCUACAGAUGAUGGGGAAGCUUGGAAUUUCCCAAUGUCCCGGGCAGUUUACCUGUCAACGUUUACAGUGGAAUAGAAGACAGCCCAGAACCAAUACCCACUUUCACUUGAAAACAUUGCUAUAGACUAUCUACACACCCGUAAUCUCUCAGACAUGCUAAGGUUCUUGAAUCGAAAUUCUUGUUUCUGUUGAACCAUUCAGGACUUCUGCCACUCAGGUUAAAGAACUUAACUAGGAGACUGUGGAGAGAGAGAGAGAGAAAUGGUUCAAAUUUCAAGUUGGCCAUGAACUUGGCCCAUUUCAGUCUUCAAUUUCUAUUUCUGCAAAUGGGGGAAAGAAUGACCUACCUCGCAGGGUUGCUGUGAGAAUGAAUGUGACAUGGACAGUAAAACGAAACCUCUGCAAGAUGGAAGUGCAAUAGAAUGGAUUAUAAUUAUAUUUUACAUGCAGGCCAGAACAUCAAUCAGCUGAUGACUCCUUUUGUUAGAUUUUUUUUAAAUGACAUGUUCUUUAUCCUUGUGUGCAAUUAACAAGGGUGGGUAGGGCAAUUGGAUUGUUGUUUUCAUUAUUAAAAGAUAAAAUAAAAUACGGUACUUGCAUUAUGCUUGCAUUAAGACAAGCUCCCUUUCAGAGAGAAUGUUUAUGGCAACGUGUCCUUCAGAUUAAAGGAAAAGAAUGUUUUCUUGUAUGUUUUGAUUUGUGAAUGGCCUUCCUUCAUUGAACGAAAACUGUUAAUGGAGGAAGGGUAUUUACACAUUAAGAGACCCUAAACAUGAACCAAAUCCCCGCCCCCCCCCAUCAAAAAUGCAGCUUUCAUUGUCCAAGAAUUACUACCUUUUCUAGUGCUGCUAGAGAAGUAUUACGCAGUGGUGUUUGAUUGUUCUCAGGACUGCAGCAAAUGGCAGAAGGAAACUGCUGUGCUCUUUCAUAGAUUUUGAUAUUUUGUAAUAGAUUUAAAUGCAUUUGAUAAUAAUAAUAAUAGUGUUAAUAAAACAUGUUCUAGAAGCCUACGGUAUGUUACAACUAGAGUUCUUGACAAUCAUCAUGGUAAACUUCCCUGAAGCCUAAAAAGAAAUGGCUUUAGCUUUCCCGAACAUGGGGCAAAAUCAGAGAAAAAAAUAAAGUCUUCUUCUACCAUCAGAAUUAUCAAUUUGUGAACCACACCCUCCUCUGCUGUUAGAGACUGCUGGUGUCUCUUUGCACCCUGUCAUAUGCUCUAGUAAUCUGUCGUUUUUCUUUUGUUAAAGAAAAAUAUGUCUGAUCUACUGUAGGCAGCCUUAGGCGCCAUAUGUACUUCAUGUUGGGUGCAU